CUGUAGGAUCAAUGACUCGGAGUGCGUCCUUCUACUUGUGGGCUCUACUACUUUGCGGCAUUGGCAGAAUUACAAUCAUCAAGCUUUCGGAGUAAGCUGUCGAGGCCGCGUAACAAACUUCAGGCUCGCUAUGCCGAGCCGCACCUCGUCGGUUUCGAAUGCCUAUCCACAAUGCCGCAAUACCGAAGGCUUACUUCGUAAAGUAGGAACCCGCGGGAGUGUUGCAGGAGCACAGAGCACAGGAGGCCAUGCAGGUACUCUGCGAGCGGUGAGGGUUGGUACCUGGCGGAAGCUGCGACUUCGGGCACCCAAGCUCCAUGCGGCUGAUUAUGUAAAGAGGGCAGUGCAAAUGGAAGCCCACAUGGCGCCGCCUUCCUCAAGCACGACAUCUCAUACACUCUCCGAUGAUAACCUGCUCUGUCCUGAAGUGAGACGAAUUUGCAACGUCACGCCGGGUGCAUGUUUGCCUACAACUCACGUCAAGAUAAAUGAAUAGGAACACAACACAGCAACACCAAGAGCUUUGAUUCCAUUAACAAACUAGUUUACAGACGCGCAAUGUCCGAUUCAUCACACUUCUAAAUUCCGGUCAUUAUCA